AUGAAGUCAAAGUCAUUCGAACUGCCAAAAAACUCACCUGACGAGGUGAAACAUAAUAAAACAUUUGAUUUUGUUAAAUAUUAUAAACCUGCUCCCGAAAGUGACAUAGAAAAUAAUGUGUCAAAAGUUAAAAACCAGACACCUAAACGACAACAUUCGCCGAAUAAAAACAAAAAGAAAAAUAAAAAAGAAAUGGAAGUCGCGCAGGUAAACAUUGAUGGAUCAAACUUAUCCUCAGCUGGCGGGAACAGCUUAGAGACGAAUCACGUAACAUCCACACCAAACACCACAAGUAAAAAAGAUAAAACUUGUAAAGUGAAAUCAAUCAUGAAGAAUUCUAUGGUAGAGGAAAGUUUGGACGUAUCUGACGUACAAGUAGCGAACGCUAAGCCUAAAAAAAGAAAUAAAUCAGUGAGCUUUAUGCUUGAGGAAAAUGAAGAGGUGGUUGUUAAAAAAUCUAAAUCGGAAGAAUCCAUGGCAGUCAAGAAAUCAAAUAAUGAUAAAAUUAAUAAGAAGUCCAAAAAGAAUAAGUCAAGUGAUCAUAAAAAACCAGAUGACAAAGAAAACGAGUCUGAUGUAAGCAAUAUGGAUAUGGAUCAAGCGGAAAGACCUUCCAAGAAACAAUUAAAAUCUAAAUCGAAGACUGAAAAGAUGCAACUUGAAAAUACUUCUAAUGCUGAAAUUGUAGAGGAUGCUAGUGGCGACAGUCAAAUAUUAAAUAAAUCUGAAAAGAAAUUACGGAAAAAGAAGAAAGUUGUACCGAGUGAGGUUAACAAUGAAACCAACUCAGGAAUAGUUGAAGAUACAAUGAAUGUUGAUACUGAAAGUAAAAGUGAAGAUAAAAUAGUGAAAUUGAAAAAGAAAAAACAUCUACCUAAAUCAUCACAGAUGACAUCGGAGACUGAUGGGGAACCUGUAACAAAAUCAAGAAAAAAAGAUUUAAAACCAGAAAUCAUUGCCGAGGGAUUAGAAAACCUCAAUAUCGGUGACAACCCACAUUCACUAACCAGUCUUAUUGAUGAAAUGACGGUUGCUGAUAAAAAGAAGAAAAAAAACAACCCCAUGUUUAAAAAAGACAAGAGUACAAAAGUGUUCAGUCGGAAACGGUUUGAUGCUCCCAAGCAAGAGGUGAGUACCGAGCCAGUUGAAGAGAAGGAAAAGGUGAAAUGGGUAAAACGUAAAUUCAAUAAAGACAGGAAAGGCACAAUAAGCGACAAUAGUUCCAGAUCAAUUUCAGUUGAAAAUCUACCAAUAAAAAUUAUAUGUAGCUAUAGAAAACUACUCACGGAGCAUUUCACAAAGUUUGGGACAGUUCGGCAUGUUGGAGCUGCAGAAUUUUAUCCGGCUGAAGACCCUAAACCUGUUUUCACUACAUUAAUAGUGUUUAGUAAUGACAAUGAGGCAGAAAAGUCGUUAGAAGAAGACAACACCUUAUUCAACGGCAGCCGAAUUCGUGUGAAAAAGGCGUUGCCUCCGACGCAGACCACUUUAGUUGUACGUUCCUAUGCAGAACUAUCGAUGCAGGCUUUGAGUACUCUGUUUUCUGGCGCGGGACGGAUACGAAACAUACACUAUAUACUAAAAGGAAAGAAUACCUGUUCGACGGCAUUUAUAGAAUUCGAUGGACCCGAAACAUUAAAUCGUGCUCUCAAAAUGGCAGAAAAUGCUAAAAUAGGCGCCAAAAAAAUACAUGUUUCUAAAUAUGAAGUCCGUAAAACAAAUCAAGACACAGAGUCGAUGGCGAACAGUGCGAGAUAA